UACCAACAAACCACACCAUUUGUGAUAACGGAUUAGAAGCAACGUUUGCAUACCGAAGCAUAGAAAACAUAGCGAAAAAAACCAAACCACAAAAUAGAGAAAAAGAAUAAGUGGAAGAACCGUCCACCCGAACACAUUCCGAACCGUCCCGAGCGUGCUCCUACAUUACGUCCAUUUCUUUCCUGUACUGUUGGCGUGUGGAAAUUAGCUCAGUCCGUGUAAAGCUCGCGAAGAGUAAACAAUAGGCAGUGGACGAGAGGGACAGACCUUCUUAUUGAUUGGUGUGUUUUGGUUUGAAAGUCGAAAACAUAGAGCUUCCUCCACCUAACCACGAUGGCUCUCAACCUGGACGAAUGUUACGAGCAUGUUCUCGGGCUGGUGGAAACUGCUGGAAGUCUAAUCGCUUCCCGCAACUCCCAGCGGAAGCGCGUGGUCGAAAAAUCGAGCAAUAUUGAUCUGCUGACCGAAACGGACCAACAAGUGGAGCGUAUGCUGAUGGAAGGAAUUACGGCCAAAUAUCCGGACCAUAAGUUUAUCGGUGAGGAGGAAACGAGCGAAGGGAAGAAGGCCGAACUGACCGACGCACCGACCUGGAUUAUCGACCCGGUCGACGGAACGAUGAACUUCGUGCACAGCUUCCCGCACUCCUGCAUUUCGAUCGCACUGCUCGUCGGCAAGGUGACGGAAAUUGCCAUCAUCUACAACCCGAUCGUGGGGCAGAAGUUUACCGCACAGCGGGGCAAGGGCGCCUUUCUGAACGGCACCCCGAUACGCGUGUCGGGCGAGACGGCGUUCGAGCGUGCCCUCGCGACGACCGAGUUCGGCACGUCCCGGGAGGAGGACAAGACGCGCGUCGUGCUCGAGAACAUCGGCAAGCUGGUGCGACAGAUUCAUGGACUACGCAGUCUUGGUUCUGCGGCGCUCAACAUGGCAAUGGUGGCGCUCGGCGGGGCAGACUUUAACUACGAGUUUGGCAUUCACGCGUGGGACAUUGCGGCCGGGGAUUUGCUCGUGCGGGAAGCGGGCGGUGUCUGUCUGGAUCCGGCCGGUGGUCCACUGGAUCUGAUGUCCCGGCGAGUACUGUGCGCUAGCACGCAGGAACUUGCCGAUAAGGUGGUGCAGACACUGACGCAGUACUAUCCCGAGCCGAGGGAUUAAUGCAGUAGGAGCAGAUUUUCCUCCACGAAUCGAAUGCCAUGUUUACUGGUUACUGUACUUACCGGUGGCAACACUAUCGAAGCCAACUAGAUGUGCAAUAUCGUUACCCAAGCGAACCACGUGUUUGCUGUUAAAUAAAUGUCGUUGCUAAAGAG